AUGGGACAGCAUUUAGCUAGCUUUCGGGAAUUCUUCAGAAUGAGUGGCAAACAAGCUGAAGCAUGUAAUAACGAUUGUAACAAUUCUAACGUCGACGAGAUGGGAAAUAAUGAGAUUGAUAAUAGGAAUAAUGAGAGUAAUGGCAAUCAGAGUGGGCAUAGCAUAUUGGUGAACGAGGAUACUAAACAGAAUCGAAAUAUUGACAACGAACAGUUGAAUUUAUCGUUGGAUAAUCAUAAUGCUAGGUUUGAAACUAUUUAUAGUCAGCCCAUUGAGUCGCAGGAGCAGGGAAAAAUUUGUAGCAAUGGAAAUUUUGGAGGUAACAAUGAGGUGGAUUUGAAGCAACAGGAACCUGGCUGCAGCAGCUCAGGGGGAAGUAAUAAUAGUAGUAGUGCUGAGGAUAGUCCUGGUAAUCCUAUGUUGAGGAGAACUUCGAAGACACUCUCAUUUGGCAAGAGAAAAAGUAAACAACGUGAUAAAGACCAAAAUCCAGUGUGCAAUCAUGCGUUAUCAUCCAAGAAAAAAAGAUCGAAUUGGGUCCUAAAAUUCAAUUGUGCGAAAAAUAAAGGAUCAAAAAAUACUGACAUACCCGAGCAAUCGAACAACAGCUCAGAGUGUGUUUGUACAGGUUACAGAAGAACAGAGGAGCAUCCCAUGGGGGCUGGUGUAGUUUUCAACAACAGAUCAGUACCACAAAGUCCCGAAUUAGGGCCAUUACCACCUAGUCCUGUCAUCGAUUUGUCCAGGUUCAAUCCCGCUGAAUUUCCGAUGGAGGAUUGCGACGAGAGAGCGAGACAGCAGAGAGCCAGGGAAAUGGAGGAGGGGGUGGAACCACCACCUGGCUAUCGGCCUAAUUAUUCAUCAACUAUUGAGGUCCAUCCCAAUGGCCUCCCCGUUGAGAGCCUGGCUGUCUUGUUUCAGGUACACGCUACCAUUCAAGCUGCUGCACUCACUGCAUUAUCACGGAUUGAUUUUAGUAUUAUCCCAAACAUGGAAAGAACAGCCCACACUCAGAUCGACUAUGUACACUGCCUAGUGCCAGAUUUGCGUUCAAUAACCGCUUGCUCGUUCUACUGGGGCAAAAUGGAUCGUUACGAGGCUGAACGCCUUCUGGAUGGUAAACAGGAGGGGACGUUUCUACUUAGAGACUCAGCCCAGGAGGAAUUUCUUUUCUCCGUGAGCUUUCGAAAAUAUGGGAGAUCACUUCACGCGAGAAUUGAACAGUGGAAUCACAGAUUUAGUUUUGACUCUCAUGACCCCGGUGUUUACGCCUCCGAAACCGUCUGUGGACUGAUCGAACAUUACAAGGAUCCAUCUUGCUGCAUGUUCUUCGAGCCAAUGCUGACAAUUCCACUGCAUCGAAAUUUUGUAUUUCCACUUCAGCAUCUCUGUCGUGCUGUCAUCACAACGAGAACAACUUACGACGGCAUUAACAAGUUACAGCUGCCAAAGACACUCAAAAGUUAUCUCAAAGAGUAUCAUUACAAGCAGAGGGUACGUGUGCGACGAUUGGACAGUGAGAAUGAUAUUAUGAUGGACAGCAGAUCCAUAUCUUAUCUACCGGUGAUUUGAAUAUCUGUUUUCAUUGUGAGUCCAUUAUUUUUUGUGAAUAUGAAUUUUUUUGAGGAUAUGGGAGGGGGGGAAUUGAAACCGCGAUUUCUGAGAUGUAUUUCGAAAGAAGGGAUGACUUUUUGAGGUUCAGGCAAUUUCAGGAGGCGAUGGAAUCGUUCGUUAUCAUCCUCAUUUUUACUAUCGAUAAAACAUCGAAGAAAGAGAGCAUUGUUUUCUUUGAAGAGUUGAUAAUUAGGAUUUUGUAAAAGUUCGUUUGCAUUCUACAAUGGAUGAUAGCUUUUAGAUGAUAAGAAUUUAUUCACAGUGUCCAAACAGUAUUGGAAGGUAGUAAAGGGUGCCCAUAUGUUAAUCACAAUUUUUUGCAGUUAAUUAUUUACAUCUAUAGAUGACUUUUAUUACUCAAGGAAAUGAGAAAAGCUUUACUCCACAACGUGAUUAAUUACAUUCAAAAUCAUGUUCAUGAUUGAUGAUUAUUUAAUGCAUUGAAAUGUGAAAAUAACUCUUCCCAAGGAUCGCGUCAUUGGCGUGACACAUUUAUUACUAAUCCUAUCGUGCCUACUUCUCUUAUCAAUAAUCAUGUAUGAUGUGUAUGUACUAUUAAUUAAUUCAUUCAUUGGUUGGAAAGUGGUGAACGAUUAUAAUAUUCGGUGAAAUUAAUUUUAUAAUAAUUAAUCUGUUGGUGAAAAUUCAUCUGGAACUGGUGGGAGUAAAACAAUGAAUAAUGUGAAUUAAAAGCAAAAAGAGGUUUUAUUUUUAUCGAUAAUGAGAAAUUAAAGUAAAAAUUAAUUAGGAGAACUUAGAAAAUAACCUAAAGAUGGAAAUUUGGCAGCUAAUUAAAGAUUAACAAUCGAGAGAAAUGAGGGGAAAAGGCGAAUUGUUGAGCAAAAAUUAUUGGCUUUCUGUCUUCUGUCGUUGAUUAAUUCAGAUUAUGGCGUCAUAUGGAUAGAAAAUUUAUAUUUAGUGAUCCUAUAUUCCCGACACUCGGACCAAGGCUUCUACUUGUGUUGUAUCAAUUUUGAGGUUAGGAAGGAAUGAAAAAUAAUAGGCACAAAUUGAAAGGUCAAGUAAUAAUGGAGAUAAAUUGAAAAGAAUUUGCUUAGGAUAUCUCAUGAAUAAUGAGACAAAUGAUGAAUUUGUAUAAAGAACAAACGUUGAUUAUUCUAUCACUGUUGAAGAGAGGGAAAAAAAAAUUGUUGACAAUGUCGGUAUUAAAAUCACCGCCCAAAACUUACAAUUAAACAAAAAGACUGAGAAAAGAAAUAAUUGAUUAUUGCCAAAAUAUCUGUAUUUAGCCUGAUUUUCGAUAUAACAAAUUGAUAAGAGUAAUGAUGAAUUAAUUGUCACAAUUUUAUCAUUCAAAUAAUGUAGGUAUGGAUAUGUAAAUAAUGUAGGUUUAUUCGAUUGCAAGCUCUGCCCGUGUGCACAGGUAGUUUGAGUAAUUCAUGUUAACAAUUGUAAUUAUUAUUGGCGAAUAAAUAAACUUGUGGUAGUAGGUAACAGUACGUUGUAGUUGAAUACGAAGAGGAGUCCGAACAUCGCCAGGAAAAAUAUAU